AUGUUCUCCGGCUCUAACUCAUAUCUCGGCGGCGGCCCCAGUGGUCGGCCUGGCCAGCAACAAUACGGCCAGCCGCAGCAAUUCGGAGGACAGCAGCAGCAACAGCAGCCGCAGUAUGGCCAGCAACAGCCUCCCUACGCCCAACCACCUCUCCAGCAGCAAUACACCGGCUUCCCGCAAGCUGGCCUGCAGCCUCAAGCGACCGGCUUCCCCGGACAGCAGCCUCAGCAGUUCCAGCAACAGCAGCAACCGCAACCGCAAUACUCGGGCUUCCAACAGCCACAGCCAACAGGCUUCCAGCAGCCUCAACCUGCGGGCUUCCAGCAGCCUCCGCAACAGCAACAACCUCAGAUCCAGGUCGCGCAGCCAACUGGGUUUCAGCAAGGCCAGCAGAAUGCCUUCCAGCAACAACAACCUCAGCAGCCGAUGCGACCCCAGGCAACAGGCAUGACCAGCAAUGACAUGGCCAACUCCUUCCGAGGCAUCUCGUCAGCACCGACACCAUCCGCGCCGGCACCGAAAUCAGGCAACAAGAUCCCCAGCAUCCGGCUGAGCUUCAUCACGGCGCAAGAUCAGGCCAAGUUCGAGCAGCUGUUCAAGAGCGCGACCGGAGGCGAUCAGGCAUUGAGCGGAGAAAAGGCAAAGGAUCUCUUGAUCAGGAGUAAGCUGGAUGGUAAUAGCUUGGCCCAAGUAUGGACACUGUCGGAUACCACAAAGUCGGGCCAGCUGCUCUUCCCAGAGUUCGCGCUGGCCAUGUACCUCUGCAACCUGAAACUGACGGGCAAGGAUGUGCCGUCAUCUUUGCCUGAGAAGAUUCGCAACGAGGUAUCGAGCAUGGUGGACAUUAUAUCGUUUGGCGUGGGAGAUGAAGGUCCAGCUCCGACUCCCAGCAGCAAUGCGCCCAACUUCAAUGAGCUUCCGAAGAUCCAGCAGCCACAAGCGCAGAACCCGAGCAAUCAGCAGCUGUUGACCCAGCUUACAGCGACACCGACUGGCUUUCAGGUUCCACAAGCGACUGGCUUUCAGCAACAACAGCCCACAGGGUUGCAGCCACAACAGACUGGAUACCCUGGAGGCAUGCCACAAGCACAGGGCUACACUGGACCACGCCCGCCAAUGCCUCCUAUGCCGACCGGGAUGGGCCAGAACUUGUCUCCAGGCUUUGGUCUUGCGCCUCAGCAGACUGGGUUCGGUGGUGGUCCAAUGGCCGCUCCGCUGAACGCACAGCCGACUGGACGACCAGGUCAGUGGGGUCUUGUCAAUGCACCAGCUAGUGGUCUGCCAAACCUGCAAGCACUUCAACAACAGAUGAUGCCGCAGCCAGGUAGAGAAGCAGGCUUCACCACACAAGGUCUCCGAGGAAAUGCCACUGUGCCGUGGGCUGUCACCAAGGACGAGAAGAAGAUCUACGAUGACAUGUUCAAGGCUUGGGAUGGUUUCGGUAAGGGUUACAUAACAGGCAACCAAGCACUGGAGAUCUUCGGGCAGUCUGGCUUGGAGAAGGCUGAGCUUGAGCGAAUAUGGACACUGAGCGACCCGCACAACAAGGGUCGGCUCAAUCUUGACGAGUUCGCAGUCGCAAUGCAUUUGAUCUAUCGACGACUGAACGGCUACCCUGUGCCUAACACGCUCCCAGCCGAGCUGAUCCCACCCUCGACGCGAAACAUCGAUUCGAGCAUCGGCACGAUGAAGAACCUCCUCAGUCAGGAUGCGCAGACGAGGAAGUCCACGGGUGCUUUCUUGCAGCCACAGCGCACGGGCGUCAGCUACAUGAAGUCUCGAUCCUUCCAAGCGAACGGCACACCUGGUCGCAAGGAUGCCACGGUCUUCAAGAACAACGACGACGAUGUCGGAUAUCGCUCAUCCGCUAGACGACGAGUGGGCGAGAAUGGCAGGAGCUCUUCGCCGGCCCAGAGCGACACGAGCAGCAUCACUGCGGACGAGAUGAGCAUCGACCAGCUCAAGAAGACGAUCAGAGAGAAGCAAGUUCUGCUUGAUGCCAUGGACUUUGAAGACGAGGGCAAUGCUGAUGAAGAGGAUGCACUGGAUCGUAAAGAUCGCAAAGAGAGUGAAGAGCUGUUUAGACGCAUCCGAAGGAUACAAGAGGAUAUCGACAGUCAUCCAAGCAGCGCUUUCAAGACUGGCGAUUCUGAUGCGGAAAGGCGAGCGUUACAGAGACAACUUCGUGGUCUUCAGGAUCGCCUGCCAGAGCUUGCGAGCCAUGUGCGAAGGUGCGAGAAGGCCAUUGCGGAUGCUCAGCUGGAGCUGUUUAGACUCAAAGAUGCCAAGGCAAACCCAUCCUCUGCUGCUGCCAUCGUCGGGACUGGACCUGGAGGCGCAGUGACUGAGAGCGAUCGUUUAAAGGCAAGAGCCAAGGCUAUGAUGCAGAAACGUUCCGCCGCACUCGCUGGCAAGAAAGUCGACGAUGGCGAUGAUGGUUCCGGCGCUGCCGCCAGACUCGAAGAGGAGCAGAGGCGCGUGUCUCGUGAGCGCGAAGACAACGAAAAGAUGGUCCGCGAUGUGGAAGAGAGUGUCACCGAGUAUAGCAAAGGUCUUGAAUCGAGUCUCAAGGAAGGUGGUGAGAGUGCCUCAGAUGAGCACGAGCGAAGGAGAUGGGACGACGGUCUGGGCGUCGAAGACGAAGUCAAAGAUUUCAUCUUCGACCUGCAGCGUAGCUCGAGGUCUGCACGUGUGCGCAACGAAGAGAAAGCGCAGCCUCGAGCAAGCGCGAGAGAGCCAGUGCAGGAUGACAGCCGGACUAACACACCAGUGUCUCGAACUGACAGUCCAGCUUCGAGUAGAGCAGCGGCGUCGACACCUCAAACUUCUGGCUCAUCAUACUCCAGCUACCGCACUGCAGAAGAGCGGGCGGCCUUUAUCAAGCAGCAAGCUGAACAACGCAUGGCUGAACGACUGGCCGCGCUGGGUCUCAAAGCUCCGGCUAAGAGUGGAGAAUCAGCUGCACAGCGCGCCGAGCGUGAGCGCAAAGAACGGGAAGACCGGUUACGUCAAGCUGAAGAAGAGGACGCGAAACGGGAGCAAGAAAGGCAGGCUCGUCUUCGGGGCGAAUCUGUCGCACCUCCAACUCCUGCAGGUUCUGCUGGCAAGCCGAAGCCGCCACCACCUGCGCCAAGAAAGAAAAGGAGCGAGAGUCUGCAGGGUCAGGAUCAGGCCAACUCUGAAGCCAAGCGUGCGGAACAAGAGAUCAAGGAACAGGCCCUGAAGGAACAACAAGCGGCGAUGGCCAAGGAGACCAAUGACAUGGAGCACGAGGAGGCACGACAGGAACGCGAGUUGCAGAAGCAGCGUGAAGAAGCGGAGGCGUCUCUGAAAGCACUUGAAGAACAAGUCAAGGCUGGCAAAGUCAAGAAGGCAGAGGAGAAGAAGCGGAGAGAGGCUUCCAAGAAGGAGGCGCAGGAGAAAGAGUCUCGCUUGGCCGCACAGCGGGCUGAGAUUGAAGCUGCGAAGGAGAAGGAGCGACAACUUCGACUGCAGCUCGAGAGCAUGGGCGAUGAUGACUCGAGCGAUGAUGACGACGUUGAGCGGAACACCCCUACAGAGAGCACGCCUACACAAAGCAUGGAGCUGCCAAGAGUCCAGGAACCACCAAGCUCGCCCCCGGUAGCACCACCUCUGCCCUCUGCAGCAGCUCCUCCGCCCCCUCCAAUGCCAGGCUCUUUUGACACAGGCAUGCCGAGUCCAGCGGUGUCUGUCACGAGCCCACCGAGCGAGUCGAAGAAUCCCUUCUUCAAGUGCAUGAACCAGCAGCCGGCCGCAUCACCAGCAGCAACCUCGCCUGAAGCUGAGAAGAAGGUCGACACAAACCCAUUCCACCGCCUCACGCAGCAAGACUUAGUCAAUCAACAGGCUCUGCCAGACCCAGCCGCACCACCGAGCCGCAAGACAGCCAAGCCUGCUGAUGAGGAUGACUGGUCUGUUGUCGACUCGUCAGACGACGAUGACUACGAAGACCAACCUCAAGGCGGCUCUGCAAAACAGCUAGCCUCCAUCCUCUUCGGCACCAUGGCUCCUCCUCGACCUCUUUCAGCAAUGGAUAGCCCAACAACAGCGUCCGGACCCAACUCCCCAGCACCAGGCAAGGACCGAAUCGCCAGCCCACCGCCUCCACCACCGAUGCCCAACUCUGGCGCACCACCUCCACCACCUAUGCCAAACAUGGGCGCACCUCCUCCGCCGCCUAUGCCAGACAGUGGUGCGCCGCCGCCACCUCCUGGCCCUCCGCCUCCACCGGCACUUCCAGCGGGACCGCCUGCUGGUGGUGGAGGGAUGGAUCGCAGUGGAUUGCUGGGGCAGAUUCAGGCCGGGAAGGGGCUGAAGAAGACUGUGACUAAAGAUCGUAGUACGGCGACUACUGCGGGCAGGGUGCUUUAG